AGAAACUCCAUUGAACAAACAUUUUUUUACGCUUAUUCCUCGUUCUCUUUAAAUGCCCUGAAAAAUCCACUCUUUUGACAAAAAUUGAGAGAGACAAAUAUCGAAACAACCCAAGAGAAAGAUCUGCAAAAAUCCAACAGGGAUUGGGUUUUUUAGGCUGGUUUUGGCAAUUUGGAAGUGGGUGUUGAAUCUUAAUUGAAGAAUGGGUGGAAUGUGAAUGUUUUGAGGUGUUGGAAUUUGGGGUGGCUGUAAUCUUUGGUGUCCAGGGAGUUUGUAUGCAGAAAUGGCUGAUAUAGAAGGUUUACAAGCAGCUGCAGGGUCUAGAUUUAGUCAGGUGGAGUUGAUUGGUAGGGGAUCCUUUGGUGAUGUCUAUAAAGCCUUUGAUAAGGAGUUGAACAAAGAAGUCGCUAUUAAAGUAAUUGAUUUAGAGGAAUCUGAGGAUGAAAUUGAGGACAUCCAGAAUGAAAUUUCUGUUUUGUCACAGUGCCGCUGUCCAUACAUCACAGAGUAUUAUGGUUCCUAUCUUCACCAAACUAAACUGUGGAUAAUAAUGGAAUACAUGGCUGGUGGUUCUGUUGCUGACCUACUCCAAUCUGGACCUCCACUUGAUGAUAUGUCAAUUGCCAGUAUCACAAGGGGUUUGCUGCAUGCAGUUGAAUACCUACAUAAUGAAGGAAAGAUUCACAGAGAUAUCAAAGCUGCAAACAUUUUAUUGGCUGAGAAUGGUGAUGUUAAGGUUGCAGAUUUUGGUGUUUCAGCACAAUUAACGAGGACAAUAUCACGGAGAAAGACUUUUGUAGGAACACCAUUCUGGAUGGCACCUGAAGUUAUUCAAAACUCAGAUGGAUACAAUGAAAAGGCAGAUAUAUGGUCUUUGGGCAUAACUGUGAUUGAAAUGGCCAAAGGUGAACCUCCAUUAGCAGACCUUCACCCUAUGAGAGUUCUUUUUAUAAUACCUCGAGAAAAUCCACCUCAGUUGGAAGAGCAUUUUUCCCGCCCUAUGAAAGAAUUUGUUUCUUUAUGUUUAAAGAAGGUACCUGCUGAGAGGGCUAGUGCCAAGGAGCUUCUCAAGCAUCGUUUUAUCAAGAGUGCUAGGAAGAGUCAGAGGCUUCUGGAGAGAAUUAGAGAGCGGCCGAAGUACCAAUUAAAGGAAGAUGCGGAAACCCCUAGAAAUGGCACCAAAUAUUUAGGAGAGUCAAUUGACACUGUUAAGGCAGCAAGAGAUAUAAGAGGUGAAGGAAUUAUUCGAGCUAGUAAUCAGGGGAAACCAUUUAGAAGUGCUGGAUGGGACUUCAGUAUUGGUGGAAUGCAGAAUACGAGCACUGUUCGAAGUGCUCCAAAACCUCCUCAAGUUAGAGAAAGGAAACUAGAUGUUGCAUAUAAUCAAGCUAUACCGAGACCUCCAGAGAGUGGGAAUGCACUUAAUGAAUUCCCUGAUGUUUCCUUUGGAAAAGGCACUAGAGAAUCAUAUUCCGAUAAAAAUCAGGAUAACUACCAUGAUGAUGAAACAUCAGUCAGUGGGUCUGGAACUGUACCCCGGUUCUCUUGUAAGCCUCCUUCACUUCACUCGCUGUUGUCUUCACAAAAAUAUGAAUCUAGCAGCGCAUAUGCUUCUUUUGAAGAUGCUUCUACCAGUGGAACUAUUGUUUACCGUAGCCAUCAUGAUGACUCCGAUUCUCCUCAAACCCCAAGAUCUAGGCUAGUUGUUCAAGGGAAAUCUUUGACUCCAUCAGCUGAAGAUAGUACAGAAAAUCUUGCCAAGGCAAAGGCUGCAAUUCAAGCCGGGCUGAGGAAAGGAAAUGCUAGGGACAGGUUUGCAAUGAGCAAGAACAGUACGCCAGGAAAUGGAAACAGAAGAGAUCAAAUGAGUAAGAGUUCUGACUCUUCCAGUUCUCAUGAAUAUUUUGACACACAAAGAGCAUUCCCAAGAACACGUCAACCAAGUGAUGAAGAAGAAAAUACAAGGAUUGCAUUAUCAUCUGUACCACUAUCCAUGUUGCUUAUCCCUUCCACUAAAGAGGUAAUCGGUGAUAAUUCAGAAGGGUCCGUUGUGCAUGCAGUUACAAAUUCUCUUGUACAUAUGGAGCUUACAAAGCCUGGAUCUUGUGAAGCUCUUGUUUAUAAGUUGCUCAAUCGAUUGGCAAGCUCAAAGGAAUCGUCAAUGAAAGAUAUGCAGAAGGUAGCUGCUCGCUUGUUCGAUAAGGGCAAGAUAACCCCUGGAGAUUCUCAAAAUACAAGUCCCGGCACAGACAGUAAGAAAAAGGCGAAUCAUAAAGAACUUCAUUCAAAUUCCAACUUGACCCCACUCGCAAGAUUUCUUCUCUCCAGAUGGCAAAGCCAAAUAUCGCGGGACCUCGACCCUAGUUAAAACGAAAACCGUGAGAUCCAUUAUACAUCUCUGCUUGGUAGUGUGGUUUAUUUCAUGCAUUUGUUCAGAUUUUGAUGUACAUAACAUUGCAAGCAAUUGUAUAUUUAUUCCUGCUUCA